UUGAUGCGAAUGCUUUGGCGACAUUUGGCAUCUGAAGUUGUGCUGAAAUUAAAUAAAAUUGUAAUCUGUGCCUUCUUAGACCGGAAAAUGCCUCGUGUCGCUAAGCCAAAACCAGCGGCGGCUAAAAAGCCCAAAGGCAAGUUGUAUGCCAUGCCGGAGAAGUUGAAGGAGGGAACCAUACUCAGCGAUUUGGCGAAGACACAGUGGCGCAUCGGGCCUUCGAUUGGAGUUGGCGGUUUUGGAGAAAUCUAUGCAGCAACUCGCAACGGCGAAAACAACUACGAUGCUGUUGUGAAAUGCGAACCACAUGCGAAUGGACCGCUUUUUGUCGAAAUGCACUUCUAUUUGCGAAAUGCAAAACUAGAAGACAUUAAAAAGUUUAAGGAGAAGCGUGGCCUCAAGUCUCUAGGCAUGCCCUAUAUAAUAGCCAACGGCUCUGUGGAUAUAAAUGGCCAGAAGCAUCGAUUUAUAGUUAUGCCUCGUUACGGUAGUGAUAUAUCCAAGUUUUAUAUCCAGAACGGCAAACGCUUGCCCGAGGUAACCGUCUACAGACUGGCCAUUCAAAUGCUGGAUGUGUAUGAGUUUAUGCACAGCACCGGCUAUGUCCAUGCUGAUCUUAAAGCGGCUAACAUUCUACUUGGCAUGGGAAAAGGCGGUGGUAGCCAGGCAUAUUUGGUGGAUUUUGGCUUAGCCUCGCACUACACAACGGGCGAUUACAAACCGGAUCCAAAGAAAAUGCAUAAUGGCACUAUUGAGUACACAUCACGGGACGCCCAUUUGGGUGUAGCUACUAGACGCGCUGAUCUUGAAAUACUCGGGUAUAAUAUUAUUGAAUGGUUGGGUGUGGAGCUACCCUGGAUUAAGGAGAAGCUGCUAACUGCUCCGGCAAAAGUUCAAAAAGCUAAGGAGAUGUUUAUGGCGAAUGUGAGCUCUUCCUUAAAGUCCGUAUUUCCCAAAGGUGUGCCUGCACCAGUCGCUGAUUACAUGAAGUACGUAGCUCAGCUGAAGCACAACGAAGCCCCGGACUAUGAAAAAUGCCGUAAGAUGUUUCUAAAUGCUCUAAAGCAAAUGAAAGCGGAUAACACUGGCGACUUGGAUUUUAAUCUUAAGGCACAAAAAAGUAGCAACAACAAUAACAGUCCCCCAGUCAAAAAAACAGCAGGAGCAGCUGCGACUGCGGCGAAUAUUCGGAAUAAGGUUAAAGAAGAACCUAUAUUAAGUGACUCUUCGGAUUCGGAGGAUGUAAUCAAUGAUAGCGAGGAAGAAGCGGAUACAAAAUAUACUCCCCGCAGAAAGCUGCCAGGAGUGAAAAAAUCUCCAAGCCCUAGGUCCAAAGUCACAAAAGCAAAGCAUGCACGCAAAGCAGCGCCCAAACCAGCAUCAGCUUCGCCCAAAAAAAGGGAACCUCCGCAAAGCAAAUCACCACUGCUCAAGCGGCAAAAAAUAGACAGCAAUGGAACACCCAAGGCGCAGGCCGCCAGUGUCAAGAUUAACUGUAGUCCAGCGAUUUCGCUGCGUGGCGGUCGAACCGGUAAGACUGUAAUCAACGAUGACUUGACUCCGCAGCCACGCUCUAAUAAGACUUAUGAGUAUAACAUUGAACUGGAUGUCAGCAUGGAUGCUAAUGUCAUUGUGAAUGUGAAGCGAAAAAAGAAGGAGCCAGGUAGCACACCUGCGGGCAGCACCAAGACUUCGUCCUCGAUCAGUAAUCUCACACCCAAAAGCGGCUCUCCAGCGACACGCAUUAAUUUGCGAAAAGUUAAUGGGGACGGUAGCUCUAGCUCGCCAACGCCGAAUCCCACCCGUAGUCCUCGCACUCCGGCAGUUACCGUACGCAAGUACAGGCGCUAAUUUAACUUAUAUUUUUAUACAUAGAUUUAAUUUGGUCAUUAUACCCGUUUUUGAUACUUAUGUAGGCAUAUUUUAUCGAUAAUGAAUUAUGUUGAAUGAAUUUGA